AUGACAGAACAAUUAAGUUCACUCGUAUCCCAAAAGUCAUCCGACUCGGGCCUCCAUAUUCAACUUCACCCUUUGAUCCUCCUCACAAUCUCGGACCACAUUACUAGACAUGCCGCAAGAUCGCAGCAAGGCCCAAUCCUCGGAGCUCUGCUCGGGCAACAAAACGGGCGCGAGAUAACACUAGAGCACGCUUUCGAAUGUAUUGUGGAAGAAGGUCCAAACGGCGAGCCCCAACUACCAAAUGAAUGGUUUAAUGAACGAGUCAAACAAUUCAAGGAUGUACUUAAAGUCCCCGCCCUUGAUAUUGUCGGAUGGUGGUCAACGGCUCCCCCAUCCGGUCCAGACGCAACUCAUCUCCCGAUUCAUCGCCAAAUCCUCCAAGAUUAUAACGAAUCCGCAGUAUUUCUCGCAUUCCACCCCUCUCAAGUGAAGGGCGCGUCAGCAAACGGCGGUAAACUACCAUUAACAGUCUACGAGAAUGGCGAGGAACAGUCGUUGAGCAUACGAUUCCGGGAACUUCCAUAUUUCGUCGAAACCGGGGAGGCCGAGAUGAUUGGUAUCGAUACUGUCGCUAGAACUGCGAGGAAUGCAGCCGUUGAAGGCCCGAGCGCACUCUCCGCAGCAAAAGAGGUGCUGAAGAAGAAAACCGACAACAAGGAACAGUCGGCAGAUACUGUGGUGCUCUCACCAGAGGAAGAAGAGCUGAUCGCCAGUCUCAACACCCGACUCAAUGCCAUCCGGACACUAGAAUCCCGAAUCUCGUUGAUAAAAUCAUACGUUGCUAGUAUAUCUCCAACAUCUAAAGGUGGUAACCAAGAUAAAACAACACCAUCCACGGCGACUCUAUCUCACCCGAUCCUCCGCAAUAUCAACUCCCUCCUCUCACACUUAUCCCUCCUCUCUCCUCAAGAGCAGAGUGCAUUCUCAGCUGAGGUCCUCGCUCAGAGCAACGAUGUUCAUCUAGUCGCACUGCUCGGCCAACUGAGCAGCAGCAUCAACAGCAUGCGCGAGCUAGGAAAGAGGACCGCUAUUCUAAACAAUGUAAGAAGAACUAAUGCGUCCCGAAAGACACAAAUGUCCCUGCAGAGCCGGUUCGAGGAAGAACUUUUCGCCCGUGAUGAUAUUGCCCACGGAUAA